AUGUUUAAAGAGAAUUACAAAAAUAAAAUCAAGAUAGAAAGAGAAACAUGGUGUGAUGAUCGUGUUGAAGUCCGUGGAUCGUUAAUUGAAGGUCAAGGUCUCUAUGCAACUUCUCCAAUUGCCGAAGGCGAAACCGUUAUGAUCUGUGGUGGUCAACUCUGGUCAAAAUCUGAUCGAGCAAGGUUAACUGACGCUCGUUAUUUCACUUUAACACCAUUAGAUGAUGAAUUACAUAUUGGCGAUCGUCUAGAUGAUCCAAUAUCAAUGAAAAACUAUGUAAAUCAUUCGUGUGAUCCAAAUCUGUGGAUGUUAAAUGAAACAACAAUAAUUGCUAGACGACCGAUAGGAAUCGAUGAAGAAAUAACUAUUGAUUAUGCUGUAUUUACAAAUGAUAAUAUACUUUUUAUUGAUGAUUGCCAAUGCAAAACCAGUCUCUGUCGACAUCAAAUUACAUUGAGAGAUUGGACAUCUAAAGAACUUCAGCAACGUUUCAAGGAUCAUUUUUCAACAUUUCUUAAUAAGAAAAUUCAAGCUGAGGAGCAUCGCCGAACGGUAACACGAGCUGAUAUUCUUCAUGCAUUGAGCAAGAGGAAAAACAACAAUAGUGAUGGAUUACAACUACAGAACAUAGAUUAUGGGCUGAACAAGUCAUCUAGCUUAAAGAAAGGUACGAUACAUUUUAGUCACGAGAUUCGUACUAUAUAA